CUGAAAACGCUUGUUGUCGACCUAAAUGUAAACAAGAAAUGGCCGUUCAGUUCCUGUACACACGAUCAGCUUUGUCUAAUCUACAGGCGCUCCUCAAAUGUUCCAUAUGCGAUGGGAUCGCCAGCAGUCCUUGCACACUCGGCAGUUGUGAACAUGUAUACUGCAGAGACUGUUGUGAAGGUGUUUUGGGGAAGAGCUGUCCAGUCUGCCACAUUCCGGCAGAUGUACGGGAUGCACAGGUUGAUCGUCAGCUGUUCACCCUGGUUACUCUGUGUCAGAGACUGGAGAAGAUACUGACCAAUCCAGAGGUGGACAGUGGCCAGUCCAAUGCUUCAGGUGACAAGAUGACAGUCAUGACACCAAUGAUACCAACAGGUGACCACAAAGGUUUCUCUACUGAGACAGGGAUAAACUCAAAUCUUACCAAACAACAGUAUCGCAGAUCUACCCCUACCAAACAACAGUCUGCCAGAUCUACCCCUAGUAAGCAACAGUCUGCCAGAUCUACCCCUAGUAAGCAACAGUCUGCCAGAUCUACCCCAGGAAAAGGUGGUAGGAAACCUGGCCCCUCGUGUAGUCCAGCACCAAAACUAGGUAACCGAGACUCUGUUCCUGCCAAUCAGAGCACCAUGACACAGCACUUUGGUGAUGAUGCUGAGAUGACUACAGAGGACAUGAAUGUCCCAGAAACAAUGGUACAUGGGAAGGUCAGUGAUGAGGUACCAGUAAGUAGUACUACUGUCAACAAUGAUACUCGUAUCCUCAAAGACAGCCCCAGGUCGGUCAGACCAAGGGCAGAUUUUUCAAAAUCUCCUGGGCCUUCUAAAAUAUUGAAACAGAAAAGUCCACAGCCUUUUGUUGAGACACCUGAAGGUAUAACUAGAUCUACACCAACCUCAGCCAAUAAAUCGAAAACCCAACGUAGGAAGAGUUUGAUUGCAAAAAAUACAAGAAAUUUAAGAUUAAGGAUGUUGGAUAACUCAGACAUAGAGAGUAAUCAAAUACAAAUGAAGGAAAAUAGACAACAGAAGAAAGGGACGAAUAAAAGACAUUCUAUUGGCAUUGUCACAGCUGAAAGAUCUACUAUUGUAGCAGCUUCAGGAAAAAAGAGAUCACGUAGAAGUUUGUCUCCUGCUGCAGGAAGUAGGCGAUCUACAGCUAUUAUCUCGUCCUCUCCAGCUACAAGGUCUGGAGGGAGCUCGAGGUCAAAGUUGACGGGACUAAACACAUCCCUAACAGGAUCAGGGAAGAAGGUUGUGAAUGAGAUGGAGAGAAGAAAUGCAAAGGGGGAAACACCCCUACAGGUUGGGUGUAUAAAGGGUGACUUGGUGAAAGUUGAGGAGCUGCUGAAAGGAGGAGCUACACCUAAUACCAGGGACAAUGCAGGAUGGACCCCUCUGCACGAAGCCUGCCACCAUGGUUAUGUAGACAUUGCUCGUCUUUUGCUGGACCAUGGAGCUCUGAUAGAUGUUCCUGGGACAGAGAAUGCCACACCCCUUCAUGACGCAGUCUCCCACAGUAGAGUGGCAUGUGUGGAGCUACUGGUGUCCAGAGGGGCCUCUCUCACUGCAAGGAAUCUUUAUGGUUACACACCCAUGGACUGUGCACGGUCUGAGGAGGUCAAGGCUGCCUUGAAAACAACUGUCCAGUCUGCUCCUGUUGUAAAUGAGACGGUUGAUGUAUUGGAGUACCAGUUGCCAUGUUUGCUGGGGACGGCCCUCAACAGAGAUCAGAAGAUUGCCCUCCAGAGGUGUGCAGCACUGCUCAACGCCAAGGUGGUACAAGACUUUUGUCCUGAAGUUACCCAUGUUAUCACCAGUAGUAACCAGGACGGCCAGUGUCCUCGUACCAUUAAAUACCUGAUGGCAGUGCUUCAGGGCAAGUGGGUCCUCAAUAUGGACUGGGUGAACACCUGUCUGGAGUACGGCAGCCGUGUCAGUGAGGAGGCGUUUGAGGUUCCUGGAACAAGCACAAAUCCAAAUACACUGGCCCCACAAAGAGGCAGGACAAAUAGCAGGCUACAGCUCCCUGGUCUAUUUGAUGGGUGUCAGUUUUACUUUCAUGGUAAAUUUGAAUAUCCCACACCAGAGAAGACCGAACUGAUAGAUCUUGUCAAAGCUGGUGGAGGUCUCAUCCUGAAAAGGGAGCCCAAAGUAGGCAGUUUGGAUGAGUCAACUUUGACAGUGCCAUACCAUGCUGAUAGUGGCUGCACCCAGUGUUGUGUUUUUGUGCUACAUGACAAUUCUGUGACUUUCCCAAAGAUAAAAAACAGCAGAAUGUGUUCUUCACCAGUCAGCUGGCUCAUGGACUGCAUGUCAACAUUCAAGCUGUUAAAUCAUUGAAAUAGACAUUUAACCACUGUAAUAGGUCGACAAUGAAUGCUCAACCAUUGCAAUAUACUAUAAUCACAUUGUGUGAGACUGUCAGGUAGGCUACACUAUAACCACAUUGUGUGAGACUGUCAGGUAGGCUAUACUAUAACCACAUUGUGUGAGACUGUCAGGCAGGGUUUACUAUAACCACAUUGUGUGAGACUGUCAGGGAGGGUAUACUAUAAUCACAUUGUGUGAGACUGUCAGGUAGGCUACACUAUAACAACAUUGUGUGAGACUGUCAGGUAGGCUAUAC